CAGAUGCAAAAUCAUCUGGGACACAUUGGAUUUUCCUGCCUCCUUGACGUUUUUUUGGCCCAAGUAGGAUUUUCUUCAUCUUGCACUUAGCAGCCAAACAACACACACAUCUACAAUGGCUCCCAGAAUGUUGCUGUAUGUCACAGAUUUCUUUGGCUAUGAAACAACGAAAUCAGUGGUGGUGAAGAGCUGGUCUGUUGGGAUCAUCAACCGCUUCAUCCAGCUGCUAAUUAUCUUGUACUUCAUCUGUUGGGUGUUUCUGCAUGAAAAGGCUUAUCAGGUUCGAGACACAGGAAUUGAGUCUGCAGUCAUGACCAAAGUGAAGGGCUUGGGCAGCUAUCCCCAUGGUGUGAUGGAUGUGGCAGACUAUGUAGCGCCACCACAGGGCUCUUCAGCGUUCUCCAUCAUCACCAAAUUGAUUGUCACAGCCAAUCAGACGCAAGGACGAUGCCCUGAGACUGAUGAUAAAUUCACAUGCACAACUGAUGUUAACUGCACAAACAAAAUUGGCUCCAAUUUUGGGAAUGGUAUUGUAACAGGCAAAUGUUUAAUUAAUAAUUCCUCAAAUGAAAAUAAGACUAAAGGACAUUGUGAAAUUCAAGGCUGGUGCCCUGCAGAGGACGAUCAAGUUCCUGUGUCUGUAAUGGAGGGUGUGGAGGACUUUACAAUCUUCAUAAAGAACAGUGUCCGCUUCCCUCUAUUUAAUGUUACUAAGGGCAAUUUCCAUUCCUCCAUAAACGAGACAUACAUGAAAAACUGUAGGUAUGAUCCAAGACACCAUCUGUCCUGUCCCAUCUUUAAAGUGGGAGAUAUCCUGAAACACGUUAAUCAAAAUCUCAGCAAAAUUGCCUGGGAUGGAGGAGAGAUUGGAAUUAACAUAGUCUGGAAGUGUGAUUUUGACUAUUCUGUGGAAAUGUGCAAUCCCAAAUACACCUUCACACGCUUGGAUACUGUGUUUGAGAAGAGCAAGGCAUCCAAAGGAUAUAACUUCAGGUUUGCUAAAUACUACCAGUCACCAGAUGGGACUGAGUAUAGAACGCUUCACAAAGCCUAUGCCAUCCGCUUUGAAAUAAUCGUGUCUGGGAAUGCAGGAAAGUUUAGUGCUGUGCCAUUUAUGAUUAAUCUUGUGGCAGCAUUCACUUCAGUGGGACUGGCUACAGUGUUCUGUGACAUCAUCCUUCUCAACUUCCUUAAAGGGGCGGAACAGUACAAAGCAAAAAAAUUUGAAGAGGUAUCAGGCGUUGAGACUCAGUCAUUCCACAAAAGACUCUACCAGAGCAGCCACAAGUCAAUAAAAGUGACGGCAAAUAACUCUGAUGACUCAGGGACCUUUUGUAUUAGACACCAGGAGUGAGGGCCACGAGACAUCAACAAUUGAA